ACAAAGGACAGGCCCUACACCAGGCAUGGUAUAAAUGGGUAAUCUCCAGUGCGCACCACACGCUUUACUGUAGAUGAUGGCAGUGAGAAGCCCAUUUUUUCCACUGUUGCUAAUGCUGCUGGGUCUGGCGCUGGACAGAGCCUCCACCCAUGCAUUCAACCCCAGUCGCCUUCAACAACACAAAGUCCUCCACCUCGAUCCAAAUAUGGAUUUCCUUUCCUUCUUUCUUCCCUGACUGGCCGAAGGACUGUGGCCUGGCUCAUUUCAAACCAAGCACAGUGGAGCGUAUCGUGUCGGGCAACGAAGCGAGACCGCACUCCUGGCCGUGGCAAGUCUCACUGCAGGUUCGUCCUAGAGGCAGUAAACAUUAUGUUCAUGUGUGUGGAGGGACUCUGAUUCACAAGAACUGGGUUCUUACUGCAGCUCACUGCUUCCAGAAGGGAAAAGCAGAGGAUGCCAGUAGCUGGCGUAUCGUUUUGGGUAAGCAUCAACUGAAAAGAGCUGAGUCCGCUGAGCGUAUUUUCCCAGUGAAGAGGAUCUACAGGCAUGAGCAUUUUCGCUAUCCAGCCCACAGUGAGCUGGACUAUGACAUCGCAUUGGUGAAAGCUGGAACGGACAUCCAAACCAGUAACUUCAUCCGCUAUGCCUGCCUGCCGAGCAAGCAGAUAAACCUUAAACCAGGGCACUACUGUUGGGUGACUGGUUGGGGUGACACACGAGGCGGGAAGGAAAAUGUCUCACUUGCUGAGGCGUUGAACCAAGCUCAGCUCCCAAUCAUUGACUUUAAGACCUGUAGGCAGAAGAAGUUCUGGGGUGACCGUGUGAGAGACUCCAUGAUUUGUGCUGGCUUCCGAGAUAGAGAAGGAACCCCAGCUGCAUGCCAGGGUGACUCUGGUGGCCCUCUGCUGUGCCAGGUGGGGCGUGACCGCUGGGAGGUCCACGGCAUUGUGAGCUUCGGUCCUAUCGGAUGCACGGUGGAGAACAAGCCCAGCGUCUUCACUCGCACCGCAGCCUACAUCCCAUGGAUAGAGGCCACACGCAUCAGGGACUUCUUCUUGCACUAAGUUCCGACCUCAGAGAAUUCCUUGUCCACAUUUGUAGGCACAGGAAGAGUCGUUCUAGCAACUGGUUUAGCGCUAUGUCCCGGUCUGGGUCUGGCCCAUGGACUUGCUCAUCCAUUUGUGGUCUGUGCGCUGGGAGCUGGUGUACAGCAUCACAACCACCAGCCACCAAGUUAGGGUAGUUUGUGCUUGGUUUGUGGGUCGCUUCUCCGCUAUGCAUGUGAGACGGGCUUCGCUGUAGUACAUGAACCGCAAAGUUUUAACUGCUUUCAGCUAAAUCACAUUGAUCUCCACCUUGUGUUCGACAAGCCAAGAAACAUCUGUACAAGAAGUCCUGGCUAUUCAACAUUACACUCAUCAAGUUAGUUGGCCUUGUUUUUUUCUGUAAGGACUGGCAUGUAUGUCCGAUCACGGGCAGUCCAAUGUUCAGUUCUUAAGGUGCUUUGAAGGUCAGCGUCAUGUAGUGAUAGAAAAUUUCACCUGUUGUGGGAGACGGUCUCCCUUAAAAACAAUCUUAAGUGCAGUGGUUUUCACUGAACAGUGCAGGUAAUAUCUACACAGGAUGGAAAUUUAUGCCGCUACAAAUUCCUUCAUGAUCAUUAUUUUGAGAUCAUUUUAAUUACUGUAUCACUCACAAGUCUUCAAAAACAAGUUUGGGUUAGUGGUAUAAUACUGCUUGAUUGAUAGAAUGAGUAACCAAUGGUUAUUCUGGUUGAGAAACAUCACUGAAAGGUUUUUUAAAUGCUUUCACUCUGAAAAACCGAGCAUGUGUGCAUAUCGUAACAAAGUCAUUAACAUUCCUUCUGGAAUAUUAGAAUUAUCAUUCGUCUUUACUCAUUGUUGAAAUCAAGGUUGACCUGCUUACAAAUAAACCAUUUAUAAAAACUUUAUUUGCACAUUUUUUAAACAUUAUUUAAAGUUAUUUAAAUUUUAUUUAGAGCUACAUGAUGCAAGAUGGUGUAGUAUCUCCAAGAAUGAAAGACUGACUAUUCAUGCACAGCAAACACAAAUUUAAUACUUAAUAUUACUAAAAUGCAAAUGAAGAGUCUCAAACAGUGGAAACUUGUAUUUUAUUUUCAAUGGUUUCAGACAGGAAGCAGCCUGUUUAGUCAGCACUGACAAAAUGCAUCAAUCCACAACAAGAACAGAUAAAACCUCAUGAUUAAAGGAUACACUGUUCCUGCAUCUUACACCAACAAAGACAUGUACAUGAACAACUUCGAUGUUACCAGCAAAUUCACAGUUAGUCCACACA